CGCAGAUUCAUCGAGUCGUUCAAGCGCUCACCGUCGCCAUGCCGAGCGUGCGACACUACCUCGACAUGGGCCAUCUUCGACGUCUCGACGAGUACAAGUACUCGGCCAUCGACAAGUCGUUCCUGUCGCGGUUCGUUCUGCGGCACUGGUGGAACUGGGCCGCGACCUUGAUGCCGCCAUGGCUCGCGCCCAACGCCGUCACGCUCAUCGGUUUCGCGGCAGUCCUCGUCAACUUUGCGUGCGUCGCGCUCGUGUGCCCGACCCUCGACGGCAGCGAGAGCGCGUGGCUGUGGGCGAGCUGUGCGGCCGGACUCUUCUUCUACCAGACGAUGGACGUCAUCGACGGCAAGCAGGCGCGAGCAACCGGCACCUCGUCGCCCAUGGGCGAGCUCUUCGACCACGGCUGUGACGCGCUCAACACACCCCUGAGCGCCCUCAUCCAGGUGUCGGCCCUUGGCCUGGGCAAAUCGCCGCUCUCGCUCCUCUGCAUCGUCAUCGCUUGCCUCUCGUUCUUCGCCUCGACUUGGGAAGAAUACCAAACCGGCACGCUCUAUCUCGGCUACGUCAACGGGCCAGUCGAGGGCAUCCUCAUCGCGGUCGGUAUCUUGGGCUGGACGGCCGUCAAAGGCUCGAGCUGGUGGUCGCUGCCUGUCGAGGACGCACUCGGUUCCGUCUUCUUCUUGCCGUCGUCCUGGCGCAUGAACCGCAUCAUCGUCAUCUUCCUCAGCUUCGCCUUCCUCGCCCUGCAUCUGCCGCCUUGCCUGUACAACGUCUACGUCCUCCUGUCGCCGCCGUCGCGCCGGGCCCUCACGACUCGGCCGUCGCAAUCGUCGAGCGGUCGGCUCAACGCGACGCCGCCGCUCGAGGCGUUCGGGCAGCUGUUGCCCAUCGUGUCGUUCUGCGCGCUGUCCGGCCUCUGGGUGCUCAGCCCUGGGAGCGCGAUCCGCUCGUCAGGACGAACGGCAGAGCUCGUCGUCGUCGUCGCGCUCCUGUACGGCCAAAUGACGAGCAAGGUCAUCCUGGCGCAGCUCACCAAGGGCAUCUUCCCGCACUCGUGGGCGCUCGUGCUUCCUCUCGCACUUCCGGCCGUCCUCGUCAACCUUCCUCUUCUCCACCUCCCGAUCCUCCUUCGACCUCGCCUCGAGGCCUGGUACCUGCACGCCCUCCUCCUCCUUUCACUCGCCGCCUACGCCAUCUCUGCGCACGCCAUCCUCUCCGCCUUUUGCGGCUACCUCGGCAUCCGGGCCCUGCACAUCCCGUUCCCGAACGCCGCCUGCGCCGGGUACGUCGCGCUCGCCGGCGGGCAAGGCGCGGGGCGCGCGCAUCAGAGCCCGGCGAUCGGUGCGCCGACAGCGGAUGACGAUCUCGAGCAUGAGCGGCUACCUCCACGGCGCGCCGAGGCCGAGGCGUACCCGCCGCAGGCCAUCCCGCCGUCGCCGCUGCGCCCGGGCGCUUCGGGCGGUCGCGCCUGGCUCGACCCGGCGCACGCGCUGCGGGUACUGCGCGAGGGAGCGCACGGUGGCGAGGCGAGCGAGGGCGGGAGGAAGCGCAGCAACACGAGUGAGCGGGAGCGCGGUGUCGGGAUGGCCGAGGGCAGGAGGGUCGCGAGGGUCGAGUAGAGCGGCGAGGCGGGGUGGACGAGGUAUUGGGAGAGAUGGACAGCAUCUGCAACCGCAACUGCAUCGUGUUCUCGGCU